GCACGACUGUCCAUCAGGGCAUCAUAUCCAUAUCUCUUCAAUGGCGUCCAUUUUCUCACUGUCAUCUCCUACGUCCUCAGAGACCUUAUCAUAGCCAGCGAAGAAGCUCGACCAAAAGCCAUUUACCUUCAAGGAAAACUGUCAAGACGCCGUCCAAAUAUCCUCAGCGAAACCAUCAUCGUGCCAGCAGGCUCAUCACUCUCAGUCAGAAUAACAGCACCCGCAGAAAUCAGUCUAUAUAUCAACAUGGCAGAACCACAGAAGAAAACCGUGUCGCGCACCCGCAUCGCCCUGGUAAUGCUCGCGACGGUAGUCUUCAUAGGCGUAGUCGUCCUCUUCGCCCUACUCGCAGACGAAGUAUUCACCAUCCCCUACUUGACUCCCGUCGCAAAGUUCCUGGCAAUGGUUCUCUCGCCAUUCAUACCCCUCAUCUUCCCGAUCUACCUCGGAAUCUUCCUCAAGGUCUGCGCCUACCCGAAGACAAACUGGCCUGGCAAGACGAGAUGGGUGGCCAUUACAGCAAUGUGGGGAUUCAGCCAUACUCAACGUGCUGUGCAGAAUAUCUGGAAGGUCUGGGGUCGUGCAUUUAAGGGGAAUGGAAUUGAGAGCAUUUGCGGACUGGAUAAGUGCAAAGCAGCGUGGGCUGAGGAAGCGCUUACUGUUCUGGUGAUUAUCGCCCACAUGAGAGGCUGGUCGUGGGACAACGACCUGUUCACCCGAUGGGUUGAGGGUUUGGUUAAGCAAGAGAAGAUCGCGUUGGAGAAUGCGAAGAGAAAGGACAGUGCACAACAGAUGGAGAAGGGUGAGGUUGCGGUCGAAGAUCAGAUUGUGGAUUCGGAAAAGAGCGAAUUGAUGGCUAAGGAUGGUAUUGUCCUGGAGAAGGAGAAACCAUUGGUCGAGAUUGAGGAGGAGCAAUUCGACGAGAACCUUCGACUCGAAAUAUAAAAUGUGGGAAGUGUCCAAGAUGCAAGAGGAGGAUCGGGUAGGAUACCCAAAGUCUGCUUUCUCGGACCUUGGUUCAAGUCUGUAACAUACACUUUUCGACAUUUGUCGUACACAGCGUUUCUUCCAUUGUACAGUACACUUAAAGCACACUAUUCGUUCUCAUGAACAACUUCAAGUUCGACUUUGGCACAAUGCAUGUGAAUUGGGAUUUGUGAUUUAUAUAUAUGUACAAUAUUUAUU